AUGUUUUUUCGUUCUUCACUACUAAACACUCAGCUUGAUGUCCAUGAUCUAAAAUCAAUAGCUUUAAGCACUUACAGAGUGCAGCGUUGGAUUUCUAUCAAGCAGAGACCUGAUCUAGCCCCUCAUGUGCUACUAAACGGCUGGUCCCUCUCUAAAUUCCCUGAAAAACUAACGUGUUUACCUAACAUUCAUUUUAAAACUUCCCCAAGAAUGUUAGGGCGAGCUGUAAAGGAAUUUAACCCGCCCAAUCCGAAACGCGACGUGUGUAAGGAAUUGUUUUCCUCUAAUGGUCUAGUAAAAGACAGAGAUAUUGGAGUGGAGCUUCAGAAACCUCGUGAACCGACACUGCUACAUACUAGUCUGCCAAGCUAUCAAAAAACCUCAUCUUCUCAAACCAAUUAUAUACCAAACGGAGGCCUGAUCACAAAUCAGAAACGUCCUUUAGCCCAGUCAAACUCACUUACCAAGCCAUCAACUAGCACAUCUAAAGGUCUUUAUUCGGUUCUCUGUAAGCCAGAUCCAUUCGAAGAAGCACAAGAAAAGAUUGAUGCAAACCACAUGAGCUCAAUAAGUACUAGCUUCAACAAACACUUAGUAGAGUUCAAUGAAGAAGAUUUUGAUGACGAUGCCGACCUUGACCUUGACUGUGGCCCCUUACGGUCUACUUCACAACUUCAACCAAAUGUUACAAAUGAGUUACCCACCUCAACACAUGACACGCUAAAUAUGGCUAAAGCUAUAUCGUUCUCUUCAAAUCAUCAACCCAGCAGCGCUAUCAGCUGGCCCUCCUCAUCGCCUUCACACAAAUUAACUCCACCUGGUGUUAAAAAUGGACAGAAAAGGGCAGCACAUUCAAAUAUUGAAGAUUCAUCUCAUCGAGCAUCUCGAUCUUCCAAGAGAAGAACUCUUCCUUGGAUCCCAGAAGAUACAUUAGGUGAAAUUUCAUCAAUAAGUGAUAAUCCUGAAAUAUUUUCCUCAUCCGGCACUCUAAAGGAUACUUCUUUCACAAAACAACCAAAUUCUAAUCAGGCCUCUCCCAAUUCUGGGGAUUUUGCCGCAUCUGAAGAAGUCUCAGAAAAAGAACAGAAGAUAGACCCACAAAAAAAAUCUAGUAGAAUCAUGCCCUGGAACACUACCGAAAGUAUGGUUAAAGAAACAAAGACGAUAUUUAAAAAUGCGCGUAAAGCAUCCAAGAGAGUCGGUAGGAAGUCAGGAGAUAAUAUAGAUGACCAACCGAUCACGACGAAGCCAGUCGUGGCCCCAUUCUCCUUGAGUGAAGAGCAGAAAAGAGUUUUAAAUUUAGUUGUCAAUAAAUCUAAGAGUGUUUUUUUUACUGGAUCUGCUGGAACUGGAAAAUCUAUCCUGAUGCGCGCAAUAAUAACCGAAUUAAAGAAAAAAUAUUGCAGAGAAAACGAUCGCGUUGCGGUCACCGCAUCAACGGGGCUUGCAGCUUGCAAUAUUGGAGGUGUAACCUUGCACAGCUUUGGUGGAAUUGGGCUUGGAAAAGAGGAUGUGGCAGCUCUUGUAAGAAGAAUAAAAAAAAACCCCAAAGCAAGGAGUCGAUGGAUUAGAACUAAAAUUCUUAUAAUUGAUGAAAUUUCUAUGGUCGACGGUGAACUUUUCGAUAAAUUAGAGGGUGUUGCCCGUGCGAUGCGCAACAAUGGCCGCCCGUUUGGCGGUAUUCAGCUCGUUAUAACCGGAGACUUCUUUCAAUUACCACCUGUUCCUGAACGUGAUGAUAAUUCCAGGGCCGUGAAAUUUGCUUUUGAUGCAAGCACAUGGUCAACAACUAUCGAUUACACAAUUGGCCUUACCCAAGUUUUCCGUCAGAAAGAUCCCAUGUUUGCUAAUAUGCUAAAUGAGAUGCGCAUCGGUAAAAUAACUGAUGAAACUGUAACAGCUUUCCAGAAAUUAAACCGACCCGUGUCAGAUCAAGGCCUAGAAGCAACUGAGCUGUUUCCGACCCGUCAUGAAGUUGACAAAGCUAAUGCAACCCGAAUUGGUAAUUUGGGUGGAACUAGCUAUAAAUACGUAUCACAGGACGGUGGAGCUAUAAAAGACCCAAAAUCACUCGAAAGACUGCUGUCAAACAUGAUGGCUCCUAAAGUUCUAGAACUGAAGAAAGGUGCUCAAGUUAUGUUGAUCAAAAACAUGGAUGAGAGUCUAGUUAACGGCACUCUCGGAAAAGUCCAAAGUUUUAUGAGCGAGAAAGAUUUUAAACAUUUGGAAGAUAUCGAGGGAGGACUUGAUGCUCUUGAAUAUGAGAGUGAGAAUGAUGCUGGCGGUAAACCCCGAAUAUCUACCAACGGAGUUUCCACGACAGGAUCGGGAAGAUUGUACCCGUAUGUCUCGUUCAAAUUAGCAGACGGUACCAAAAGAAUGAUGCUCAUUCUUCCCGAAGAGUGGAAAGUAGAACUACCGAAUGGCGAAGUUCAAGCACAAAGGUCCCAGGUACCCCUAAUUCUUGCAUGGGCAUUAUCUAUUCACAAAGCACAAGGCCAAACAUUAGAGAGGGUAAAGAUUGACUUGAAGAAAAUAUUUGAAAAAGGCCAGGCGUAUGUUGCUCUGAGUCGUGCGACGAGCCAAGCCGGUCUACAGGUUCUAAACUUCGAUAAAGUUAAGGUCAAUGCCCACCCAAGAGUUGCACAAUUCUACAACAACUUGUAUGAAUCUAAUCAGGCUCUAAAAGAUUCAAUCACCUAG